AUGAGCACACCAACCACCAUUCUCAACAACGGCGUUGUGAUGCCGCUAGUCGGCCUCGGAACCUGGCAAUCCAAGCCCAACGAGGUUGCCCUUGCGGUCGAGCACGCGCUGAAAAACGGGUACAAGCACAUUGACACCGCUGCCAUCUACGGAAACGAGGCCGAGGUCGGAGAAGGAAUCAGCAAGAGCGGAGUUCCCAGAGAAGACAUCUUUGUGACGACUAAGCUGUGGAACUCGCACCAUGCGCCAGAAGACGUGGAAUUAGCACUGGAGGAGAGUUUGGCAAAACUGCAAUUGGACUAUGUCGACCUCUACCUGAUGCACUAUCCGCUAGCGUGUGACAAGGCUGCGUUUUUGGAGUCGUUUGCGUCUGAUCCCGUCGAUAUCGACUACGUGGACACCUGGAAAGCCAUGGAGAAGCUUCUGGACACGGGUAAGGUCCGGGCCAUUGGAAUCUCCAACUUCUGUUUGAGCGAGACCAAACGGUUGUUGGAAAGCUGCACGGUCAAGCCCCAGGUCCACCAGAUGGAAAUGCAUCCGUAUCUCAAGCAGGACGAGUUUUUGGAGUUCCAUAAGGCGAACGAUAUCCACGUGACUGCGUAUUCUGCGUUUGGCAACCAGAACUCGACGUACGAAGUGGGUCAGGAGCCUAAGAUCCUUGAACACCCGACCGUCGUGGCAGUGGCCGAGAAACUGGGGAAAACGCCAGCGCAGGUUUUGGUUGCAUGGGCGGUCCAAAGAGGCACGUCUGUGAUCCCCAAGAGCGUCACCCCCAAGCGGAUCGACGAGAACCUGGGCGGCCAGUGUGUGAAGCUGUCGCCAGAGGACUUUGCUGCGAUUUCUGGCCAGGACUUCCGGAAACGGUACUCUGAUUUUGGCCCGCUAGUCGGGUAUUGGUACUACAGAGACCUGGAGUGUCCGGGGAAAAAGCCGUAA